GAUCCUAAUCAGGUUCCCGAGGAUGGUCAACCUGGCUAUCCACCUCCAAAGUCAGAGUAUCCCGCUAAAGAUGGCAACUCUCCUCAACAUCAUCAAAGCGGCUACCCCCCUCAAGGAGACUGCCCCACUGCUCCGCCACCUGAAGAAUACCCACCACCAAGUUAUUCUUGUGCAACUGGUUUUAUACAGCCUCUUACUUCUGGUAGUGGCGAUACAGUUGGUGAACAAGUACCGUUCUCUGGUAACUAUGGUUUCACUUCUGGUUUCGGAGCAGUUACAGUCGUCGAUUUCAACGAUCAAGCCAUUAGAAGAGGUUUCAUUAAAAUGGUCUUCUCGAUUUUAUCGGUACAGCUCGCCGUAAUUCUAAUGAUUAUAUUAUGGUUCUUUUUUCACCAAUGGACCAAACAAACUGUCAAAGACUACGUUGCAAUAUUCUACGUCUCAGUGAUCAUCCUAGUCGUCAGUGUCAUAGCUGUAGCUUUUUGCGAUAAAAGGCGUAGAAAUUCACCCAGCAAUUAUUACUUUUUGUUCAUAUUGACUUUAGCUUUAAGUUUCUUUUUGGGUUGUUUGACUGCUAAGCACGAUUCAGCCGCCAUACCUAUGGCCGUGGGAAUUACAGUAGUGAUUUGCUUGGGAAUCACCUCUUUUGUUUUAAAAACGAAAUAUAAUUUCACCUUGAUAGCAGGGGUACUUUUGGUAGGCUUCUUGGAGUUGGUCAUCUUAAUAUUCGUUACAAUUUUUAUUGAUUUGAACAUUAUGUUGCCCCUGGCAGAAGCUAUAUUUCUAUCCAUGUUUUUCUCACUUUAUCUUGUGUACGAUACCCAAAUAAUGAUGGGAGGAAAGCACGGAACACAUAUGUAUUCUAUUUCCCAUCAAGAGUUCAUUUUUGCUGUUCUCAACUUGUAUGUGGAUGGUAUUAAUAUUUUCAGGCAUCUUUGGACUAAAUUUGGAAAGUAAAAUUAAAUAGAUACUAAACAGUGAGGACGUAGAGCAAGGGUGGCUUAGGAUGAAGCCCAUUUAUGCAAUAAACAAUUUACCCCAAUUUCAACUCCUUGCGCAGGUUACCCCUUUGAAAAUUUUAAAUGAUAACAGGACUCAUUUAAAAGGGUGUUUAAUUUUCUAUUCAAAGGUCUUAAUUAUAAAUAAUUUUAAAUAUACGUAUUUGGUAUUUGACUUAAUUAAAAUGUGAAAUACACUAAAGAAAUCAACUGAAAAUAUACCUCUUUUGUCAAGAAAUCAGUGGAGAACUUUUUGAGCAUUUAGUAACGAAAAUAUUAGCUAAGUGUUCAUUUUGCCAAAAUCGAGAUUUUGGUGUGAUAUGGUUCUAUCAUUGUAUAAAGAACUAUAGUAGGAUAAUCGCCAUGUAAAAGUUAUUGGAGACAAUCGCGCCUGACAUCUAUUGGUACAAUCAUUGAACUAACGAUUUUAUUUACUGGUUAGAUACGCCCUCUACGUCAGAUGUUAGAACUUUAUAAGUGACAAUUCCGUCAAAUUAAUUGUCAGUAUAUAUUUUUUUAGUUAUUUAGAUUAAAUAUAAAUAAAAAUUAGUGAUUCUUGUAAAGAAUCAAUAAAUAAUAGCAUUCCACAAGAUAUUCGUCUAUAUUUAGAAAUAAACUGAGAUUUUAAUGAAACUAAAAGCAGUCUGAUUAUCAGCGUUAAAAAGUAAAACUUUUUCAUAAGUCCUCAUAACGAAAAUUUAGAGUACUUGUCUACGAAUCGAAAGGUUCCGAGUUCAAACCCCCGAGUGGACACUUUUUUUUUAUUAUUUAAUUUUAUUUUCUAAAUUGGUAAAACUUAAAUUAAUUUCAAAACAUUAAUUUUACGUUAAUGACAUCUAAAUCUUCAUGCUCAAAUUUCGUCUUUUUGCUAUGGCCACUCGGGAUCAUCAAAUUAUAAUAGAAUAUUAUAAGGUCCGGUAAUUUUAUUUAAAUCUUUUGACAAUGAAACUAAAAAUGUGUGUCUAAAGGAGAAAUAUACCAAAAAUAACAAGUAUUUAAAUUUUGCUAAUAAAUUUGUAUUAGGUAUGUGUAAAAGAAAAUACAUCAUUUUGGAUUUGAAUAUACAGUGUGUCGCAAAAUGUCUGCAUCAAGAAAACGCACAAAAUUACAUUUUUCUUUAAUCUACGUAAAAAAGUG